GUCUGGAGUUGUCUCACUGUGUAGGGGCCAACUCAUUGGGUCCUGCUGUGCCUUGGAGGUCUGGGGGGCCCUGUAAGAUGAAGAGGGUCCGCACGGUCUUCAAACCAGAGCAGCUGGAGCGGCUGGAGCAAGAGUUCCUCAAGCAGCAGUACAUGGUGGGGACGGAGCGAGUAGACCUGGCUGCAACUCUGCAUCUCACAGAGACUCAGGUGAAAGUCUGGUUCCAGAACCGGAGGAUCAAAUGGAGAAAGCAGAGCAUGGAGCAGAAGGCGGCAAAGCUGUCACAGUUUGGGGUGAUCCAGCCUGCCACCGCGGACUCAACGGACAUCAAGGACCAUGAAGAGGACACUGUGGAUGUUGAGCUUUGA